AUGGAUCGCAUUAAGGAGAAGAUGAACUCGCUCCGUGUCGAGGCCGAUGACUCCGCCGCCAAAGUCGAAGAGCUCCAGAAGCAAGUCAAGACACUCGAGCAGGAGAACCUCCAAAAAGAGCAUGAAAUCACCUCCCUGCAACACAAGAACACCCAGUUAGAGACCGAAGUUGAGGCACAAGAGGUCAAGAUCAAGGAGCUGAAGUCGGCAGCCGAUGAUGGAAGUGGCCAUCUUACACAGAACGAGGCUCUCCAGCGUAGACUGCAGCUCUUGGAGGAUGAGGCCGAGGAGGCUGAUAAGAACCUCCGUGAAACAAACGACAAGCUCCGUCAAACUGAUGUCAAGGCCGGCCAUUUCGAACGCAAGGUUCAAGCUCUUGAGCAAGACCGCGACACCUGGGAGUCCAAGUACGAGGAGAUGUCCAAGAAAUACGCAGCCACACAAAAGGAGUUGGAGGAUUUCCAGGCCGAAAUUGGCAACAUUUAA